AACUUAUAUCAAACCUUGGCCACAACCUACUCCUAUCUUGGACAACAAACAACCAUUCAACUUUGUUAAACCAUUUUGCAGCCAUGAACACGGAGAUUUCACAUGAAACAACCCACAAACAACAUCAAAUGAAUCAAGAUUCAUCAAACAUAGGACAACCUCAUGAAUCUUUGUACCUCGUAUUACCUUAUCUUCCACUUUUUGAGCUUCUUGCCAUGGCUCAAACAUGCAAAUCCUUCAAUGAUGCUUUGAACAAUGAUAUCUUGCCAUGGUUGAACAUAGUAGUAGAUGAUAAGGUUCGACGAUCACGGGUUUCCAAUGAAGUUUUGACGAAGAUUACUUUGAAGGCGAUGGGUAGGCUUAGAAGUUUGGUUCUUGUUAACUGUGGCAUGAUUACAGAUGAUGGUCUCCUAAAUGUUGUAGCUAAUAAUCCUGGUAUUAACAAGUUGCAUCUGCCUCAAUGCACGGGCAUAACCGCGGAAGGGAUUAUUAGAGCAGUGACAACAUUAAAUCAACACAACACCACUGUAAAGACGCUAAAGAUAAACGGCAUCUCCAAUGUCACCAAAGAACACCUUCAAACACUCCAUUUCUUGCUAAAAUCGGACGACUCUUCUUCCAUUGAUGUUGAAAUUUGCCCAAAAUGUGAUGAACCGAGAAUGGUGUAUGAUUGUCCUUCGGAAACAUGUGAUAGAAAACGGACAACGGGUAGUUGUCGAGGGUGUAAGUUUUGCGUUUUAAGGUGUGAAGAGUGCCGAAUAUGCAUCGGGUUUGAUGAUGAAGAAAUUGAAGUAGCUUGUGAAGAUAUGUUAUGUGAAGGUUGUUGGAUUAGUUUACCAAAAUGUAAUUUUUGUAACAAGCCUUAUUGUAAUAAGCAUGCUUAUAAGCAACGUGCUGUCCCAGGGUCCUCUGGUUUUGUAUGUGAGGCUUGUUACAUGAAGAUUAUUGAAAAUUGAAUGAAAAAUAGGUAAAUAUUGUUGUA